UCGAGUUGUGAAAUACCCUAAGGCAGAGCAGGCGGAGCAUCAAUCUUCAUCAUCAAGCCCUGAGAGAGAAGAGGAGAGGAUGAGUGGAACGGUGAAGAAAGUAGCGGAUGUAGCCUUCAAGGCUGGGAAGACGAUUGAUUGGGAAGGCAUGGCCAAGCUUAUCGUCUCCGAUGAGGCACGCAAGGAGUUCGCUACCCUCCGCCGCGCCUUCGACGAAGUCAACUCCGCUCUCCAGACCAAGUUCAGUCAGGAACCAGAGCCUAUUGACUGGGAAUACUAUAGAAAAGGAAUUGGAUCUCGCUUGGUUGACAUGUACAAAGAAGCAUAUGACAGCAUUGAAGUUCCGAAGUAUGUUGAUACUGUUACUCCUCAAUACAAACCCAAGUUUGAUGCUCUGUUGGUGGAACUGAAAGAAACAGAAGAGAAAUCUCUUAAGGAAUCUGAAAGAUUAGAGAAAGAAAUUGCUGAAGUCCAAGAGUUGAAGAAAAAGCUCAGUACCAUGACAGCAGAUGAAUACUUUGAGAAGCACCCAGAGUUGAAGAAGAAGUUUGAUGAUGAAAUCCGUAAUGAUUAUUGGGGCUAUUGAUGUCAGCUAUCUGUAGCAGUUCCAUGAACAACCUUUACGGAUGAACUAUUUUGAGUGCCAUCUGUGUCAGUCUGGGUUUUUCAGAAUAAGAAGGGAAAACCAAAUUGUUUUUCUUGGUUCUUUUUUGAACAAUGUAUUUCAUGUGAGGUGCCCUCAUCCAACCUCUUGGUAGAGAGUUGAAAAUGAUUGGAUAUUAAAAAUGAGUUGAUUUCGAUCCCAAAA